UUUGAUAGAAAUUCCACAGAGUGACUCUGACCACUGCGUUGACAGAUCUUGUUCUCUGACAUGAGCAAUGCAACUUUUAACUUGUUUAGUUUUGUUUGUGUGUUUGUAGUCGGAUAACAUUGCACUUAUUUCUUCAUUUUCCUGUUUUGCUGUAAAUAAUUCCAGACAGAUGUGUCUUAUGUAUAGUGAAAAAUGUCAAUAUUUCACACAUGUCCUGCAGCUGUACUCCCGAUGAUUUUUUGUGUUAAUGAUAUAUAUUUUUUCAUCUCCAUACAGUAUUCAUAGGUUUAUAUGGUUGUGUUUAUUUUGUACAUACUGUAGCUUUUUAUAUGCCGUUUCCCAACAUUUCACUGUACUUUCACUACUACUUCCCUUCCGACUGCUGAUAAGCUGUUUAAAAACAUGUUUGAAGCUCACAGAAAUACACCAAACCACAGAAGUCAAGUUUUUUUUUUCUUAUGAACAUGAUUUUUCUUGUUUACAUGACCACAUGACCUUGACAGACAUCCUGACAUCUACUGACAUCUGUUCUGCUGCUGAGGCGCUGCGGCAAAUACGGCUUCUAUCAAGGGUUCAGAAUUUUUGUUUUACACAUUUUGAUCAUUUUCAGGGAUGAGCUUCACAUCAGACCGUUAAAAGUGUAAGUUGUGUGCCAUUAUUUUCUUGAUUUGAGGUAUGUUCCAGACCUUGUCUUGUCCAUUUCUGCUUGUUCCUAAUCACUCAGAACUGGUUAAAAUCAUUCCAGUGCACAUUUUACAAUUAAUUUAUAAAUCCAACAUGAAAAACUUGGUGGGCGUCACCAAAGAAUUUAUUGCAAUUCACUCUUAGGGGAACAUGAUUGCCUGUAUCAAAUUUCGCUGCAAUUUAUCCCUUAGUUGGGGGGUUUUCAAACUAUCGGGCAAAAAACACCCUUGCAUCAAAAAACUGAAUUGUUCUCAGCAUAAUUUAGUCAAAUCUGCAAAACACGAACAGGGUACUACAGGUAUAUUUUUAGAAUCCAUAUACUGCCUCUUAACACCUGCCGAAGCAUUUUGAAAGCUUUACCUUCAGUAUGGGGUAGGCCACAAAAAACAGAACUGUCUUAACUCCUGUUGUUAUAUUCACUCGGUUGUCAUUUUGUUAGGUACACCUGGCUAAACGUAGUGCAGUCUAAUCCAAAAGUCUUGCAAAAAAUCCUCCCUUCAUGAAGGUUAUAAUGUUUGGUUUUUGUUCAAACUGUGUUAAAGAGGUGUCGAUUCGACUGUAUGAGUCUGCAACAUCCUUGGACCUUCUCUUGUUUCCCGUUUCCCUCAUUUGCUCCCCUGUAUUUAUAUUAGCCCUUUUUUUCUCCAGUUAGUUGCCAGAUUGUUUCACAUUUCUAAGUGUGUCUCCCUUUGUGCCGUUUAUGCUGUAGGCUCUUGUUCUAGUUACCUUUCUUGCUACCAGUAUUUUGCUACCCGCCGUCUGUUACCUGCCUGCCUGCCUGUAAGCCUGGUCUCCCUUACUUAUGCUCUUAAGUCACUUCACUGCCUUCACUAACCAGACUGCCUGUGUGUCUGUGCUUGGUUCCUCCCUGCUCGUGCUCCAGCUGUGACACCAUCUGUGACACCAGCUAACUCAUUUUGUUUCCGGGAUACUUGCAGGUUAAAAAGAUCAAAUGUAGCGUGUAGAGAGCGAGGCGUAAAACGGGAAGUCUCCUCAGAGUUACCUAUUCUGUUUCUAACUGUAGAGGAGAUCAGCACACUCACCAAGUGAAGGAAUUCUACCAACUGUUUUCCAGGGGACAGAAUGAAUAACACAUCUUGUCCUCGUGUCAGCUUUGACUUUACAGGAAGAUUCCUGCCUCCUGUUUACAUCUUAGUAUUCAUCGUUGGUCUGGUAGCUAAUGGAUGGGGGCUGAAGUCUUUGCUGCAGAACUGGAAGAAACUGGGGCUCGUCAAUGUGUUUGUUCUCAACCUGGGACUUGCAGAUAUUUUGUAUCUGACCACGCUCCCAUUUUUGAUGGUGUACUACUUCAUGAGGAGCAAGUGGAUCUUCGGAGACGCAUUCUGCAAGAUAACAAGAUUCUGCUUCAACCUGAACCUAUAUGGCAGCAUUGGAUUCCUUACUUGUAUAAGUGUGUACAGGUACCUGGCUAUUGUCCAUCCGCUGAGAGUGAUGGGAAGAAUAACUGUCACCCAUUCUGUGGCUAUCUCAGUCAUGGUUUGGCUGUUGGUGGGUGUUCAAAGUCUUCCAGACGUGUUCUACACCAAAACAUCUAGAAACAAGUCUGAGACAUGCUACGAGUCGACCAAUAAUAUGUUUGUUGAGGAUUACCUGAAAUACAGACUUUGGUGGACACUAACUGGGUUUUGUAUCCCAUUCCUCAUCACGCUGGGCUGCUACGGACAUGUGAUUGUUGUUCUCUGCUCCACAAAUAGCACUGACAAGGUACUGAAACAAAAAUGCUUGAAGUUGUUGUUCAUUUUGAUCCUUCUCUUCUCCAUUUGUUACAUCCCCUAUCAUGUAUUAAAGAACCUAAAUCUGUGGUCAAGAGUUCUGACCAAACGGAAGAUGUGCCAUGAGUGGUCUAAUGGAGUCUACAUUGCUCAUCAGAUAAGUCGUGGCCUCGUGUGUCUGAACAGCGCUCUCAACCCUCUGGUUUACCUCCAUGGAAACAAAGACACUCUAUCUCAGCUCAAACAGCUGCUCCGGCGAGCUCAUCAGAGUGUCAGGAACCUUUAUCAUCACCCCUAGUCAAGUUGUAAAUUGUCUGAUAUGUAAAUGAAAUUGAACAAUCUGUACAGCAUUGUAUCAAUCUGACACUAUGCCAUAUGUACUGGAUGGUGAUUUAAAAAAAUAAAUAAGUUAAUAUAUUGCUUUUAACAUGCUCAUAAAAUCUCAUUACAAAAAGAAAACACUCAAACAGUUCUGACCGAGUGUCUGUUUAUUCUCAGGUUUAGGUUUUAGGUUUAGGUCUUCGAGGUUUAGGACCACACCUUGUGGUUGCGGUG